AUGGCCAGAUGGAGCUGCAGGAGCCUCAGGUUACCAAGCAGAUAUGGCAAGUCCAAGAACCACACCACACACAACCAGUCCCACAAAUGGUGCAGAAAUGGCAAAAAGAAACUGCAGUCACAAAGAUAUAUUGAAUCUCUUCAGGGGGUUGACCCCAAGUUCCUGAGGAACAUGUGCUUUGCCAAGAAGCACAACAAGAAAGGCCUGAAAAAGAUGCAGGCCAACAAUGCAAAGGCAAUGAGUGCAUGCGCAGAGGCCAUCAAGGCCCUUGUGAAGCCUCAGGCCAUCAAGCCCAAGAUGCCAAAGGGCCUCAGCCUCAAACUCAGCCACCUGGCUUUCAUAGCUCACCCCAAGCUUGGGAAGUGGAUUCGAAGCUACAUGGCCAAGGGGCGUAGGCUCUGCCAGCCAAAGCCCAAGGCUCAAACCAAGGCAGAGGCCAAAGUUCCAGCUAAGGCCCAGGCUUCAGCUCCAGCUCAGGCUACCAAAGGUGCCCAGGCCCCUGUGAAGGCCCCAGAGGAAAGGUUCCUGCCAGUGUGA